CUCUUUCAUUUUAAAUUUCAUAGCUUUAAAUUUUAAUAAAUGUUAAGUUUUUUCUUCUACUUCUAUAGUUGUGUGUCAUUCUCAACCAAUUACACACGUUACUCUGAUCUACAUAUCUCUCUAGAAGUGUGUGGACCUUUUGUUUUCAUAAACCUUCUCUAGUUGUGUAUUUUUCUCUACUCAUAAUAUAAUACUCUCUCUCUCUCUCUCUCUUUCUCACUCUCUAUAAAUAUUACACAUUCUAUAUAUCUUUCUCAAAGUGAAGUGUUUUAUUUUGUCUUUCUUUUCCCUCUUUUGUUGUCAUAAUCCUUCUCAAAGUAAGCUUGUAAAUCUAUCAAGUUAUAUAUAAAGAAGGUUGUUGAUGGGGAGAGCACCAUGUUGUGAGAAAGUAGGAUUGAAGAAAGGGAGAUGGACACAAGAAGAGGAUGAGAAGCUUCUCAAGUACAUUCAAGACCAUGGUGAAGGUUCAUGGAGAUCUUUACCAAAGAAUGCUGGGUUGUUGAGAUGUGGAAAGAGUUGCAGACUGAGAUGGAUAAACUAUUUGAAAGCUGAUGUUAAGAGGGGUAACAUAACUAAAGAAGAAGAAGAGAUCAUUAUCAGACUACAUGCUUCUUUUGGCAACAGAUGGUCACUGAUAGCUGGAUAUUUACCAGGCCGAACAGACAAUGAAAUCAAGAACUACUGGAACUCUCAUCUCAGUAGGAGUAUAUCCAGUUACCGUAAAUUCGAUAAUAAUGAUUUGUUCCCAAUGGCAUCCGAUAUUGAAAAACUCUCACAAUUACACAAGAAAAAACGCGGUAAGGUAAGCCGAUCGGCAAUGCAGAAAAACAAGACUAUGUUUAACAAGAAAAGUGAGACUGAAGUGGUGCAAGAUGAACAUGAAAGUAGUGGAAUUUGGGAAGCAAUGGAUGAAGUGAUGUUACAAAGUUUGCUGGAUUUGGGAAGUCAAGAGGAAGAGAGGAGUUCAAAUGGGGAGGAAAAUGUGGAGAAUUUUCUUGUGUUUGGGGAUGAGGGAGGGGUAAGUGAGAGUAAUGGUAUGGAUUUUGAGAAGUUUGAGGGAAUGGAAGUGGUGGGAAGUGGAGAGGAAGUCAGCGAAGAAGCGAGUUACAAGGUUUUGGAUGGUGGAGAUGAACUUUGGCAAUGGAUUUGGGAUGGUGGUGAUCAUGGAGGGUUGGAGAUCAACGGCUAUGAAGAUGAUGAGGAUUUUCAAAGUUGGUUGUUUUCUGAGUUCUUGUAGUUUGGUUUCCGGAAUUUGGAACUCUUGGAACUCUGAAUUCGGAUUUGUGGUGUGGAAUUUGGAUGUAGGAUGGUGUUGAUUAGAUCUGUAUAAAUUUUGUACCCAAUAAAUUGAUUU